AUGGAAGAACCGGAAGUUGACGCUACUCAAUAUCGAAGAAGGAUUGGAUGUUUAAGGUACAUGCAGUCACCAAGAGAGUCACACGGAAACGCCUUGAAGCAAGUAUUGCGUUAUCUACAAGGAACUCUCGGGCACGGUCUUGAGUUCAAGCGAGGAAGAACACAUAAGCUUGUAGGCUUUAGUGACAGCAGUCACAACACGGAUCCGGAUGAUGGUAGGAGUACUACAGGUUACUUAUUUUGCUUAGGAGAAACACCAAUAACAUGGUGCUCUCAGAAACAAGACACGGUAGCUUUGUCAUCCUGCGAAGCCGAAUUCAUGGCUGCAACGGAAGCGGCUAAACAAGCUAUCUGGCUACAAGACUUGUUAAGUGAAGUAACAGGAAAAGAGAUGGAGAAGACAAUGAUCUUGGUCGACAACAAAUCGGCUAUAUCACUGGCUAAGAAUCCGGUUUCACCGAAGAAGCAAACACAUCCACAAGAGGUUUCACUUCAUUAG